CAAGGGUCUUGGGAGGGGGUGGGAGGUACUCACCCUUGUACUUCACUGAAGGCACAUGAUAUAACAGACCACGCAGUCCUCACCGUUAUUAGUGUUACUCUACUACAAACGCGAAUAGGCAUUAGCUAAUCAAGGCACUAACUGAGUGGAGUUGUAUCUGGGGAGCGGAUUUAUUGAUUACUUAAAUUACACCUACCUGAUGGAAUCGUAUAUAAUAAAGAAGCUGGUACACCUACACGUGGUUUUAUUUUAUGUAUUUGCAGGUGUUUUGGGAAUGCCAUCUUCAAAUCAUGUGGCCCACAUUGGAGAUACUGUCACACUGACCUGUGUUGAAGAUGGCUGUCAGUCUCCGCAGUUCAGCUGGAGGCAUGCUCUCGAUCGAAUACCAAAGGGUGUGAUAAACACAUCUGGAGCUACAUCUAAUCUUACCUUCUCAGUACAGCUAGAAAGCCAGGGUAUGAUCAGAUGUAUACCACAAUGCGAGAGAACUGGAUCCAUGAAGACAGAGAAAGUAUUCUCGGUUGAAGUUUAUUCUUUUCCCAGUGCUCCGUUAUUAAAGUGGAAUGAUAUCCUUACUGUUGGGAAAAAAGCAGUCAUCGUUUGUGAAGUUGAUAGUGUGUUCCCCGCUGAACGGAUUAAAGUCACGAUGACUAAAGAUGGGCAGCCUCUUGAAACCAUGCAUCCUGAGCAGUCGUUCGAGAACUUUAAGCCAGAAACAGUCAGCACUGAAUUUGAAUUUGUGCCCACUUCUGAAGACAAUGGAAAAGAAAUAAAAUGUGUUGCUUCCUUAGAUCUCCAUGAUAUUGGAGGGGGCAUAAAGCAAAAAGCUUCCUCACAAACUCUGCAGCUUCAAAGUCCACCAAUGGAAACAGAACUCAUAGUAUAUCCUUCCAAAACUGUACAGGCAGGGCAAACUGUGACAAUUACAUGCUUAACUCACAGCUCCCCACCUGCAAUAAUUACAUUGAGAAAGAAGAACAAAUCUGGAGUCACAGAACUUGAGUCUGAGGAUGGCAAGUAUGUUAUUAAUGAGGCUUACCUAGAGGAUGAUGGGAUUUAUGAAUGUGAAGCCAGCAAUGAAGUAGGGAUGGAAAGAAGGAACAUAACAAUCACUGUGUUAGGUCCACCAGUGGAAACAGAACUCAUGGUAUAUCCUUCCAAAACUGUACAGGAAGGGCAAACUGUGACAAUUGUGUGUUUAUCUCACAGUUCCCUGACUACAAGGAUUACAUUGAGAAAGAAGAACAAAUCUGGAGACACAGAACUUGAGUCUGAGGAUGGCAAGUAUGUUAUAAAUGAUGCUGACCUAGAGGAUGAUGGGAUAUAUGAAUGUGAAUCCAGCAAUGAAGUAGGAAAGCAAAGAAGAAACAUAACAAUCACUGUGUUAGGUCCACCAAUGGAAACAGAACUCCUCGUAUAUCCUUCUGAAUCUAUACAGGAAGGGCAAACUGUGACAAUUAUAUGUUUAACUCUCAGCUCCCUGCCUGCAAGGAUUACAUUGAGAAAGAAGAACAAAUUUGGAGCCACAGAACUUGAGUCUGAGGAUGGCAAGUAUGUUAUUAAUGAGGCUCGCCUAGAGGAUGAUGGGAUUUAUGAAUGUGAAGCCAGUAAUGAAAUGGGAAUGGAAAGAAGGAACAUAACUAUCACUGUACUUGGUCCACCAAAGGAAACACAAUUAAUAGUACAUCCUUCUGCAAUUGUACAGGAAGGGCAAACUGUGACAAUUACAUGCUUAACUCACAGCUCCCCACCUGCAAGAAUUACACUGAGAAAGAAGAACAAAUCUGGAAUCACAGAACUUGAGUCUGAGGAUGGCAAGUAUGUUAUUAAUGAGGCUCACCUAGAGGAUGAUGGGAUUUAUGAAUGUGAAGCCAGCAAUGAAGUGGGGGAGGAGAGAAGGAACAUAUCAAUUACUGUACUCGGUCCACCAAAGGAAACACAAUUCAUAGCCCAUCCUUCUCCGAUUGUACAGGAAGGGCAAACUGUGACAAUUACAUGCUUAACCCACAGUUCCCCACCUGCAAGGAUUACAUUGAGAAAGAAGAACAAAUCUGGAGUUACAGAACUUGAGUCUGAGGAUGGCAAGUAUGUUAUUAAUGAGGCUCACCUAGAGGAUGAUGGGAUUUAUGAAUGUGAAGCCAGCAAUGAAGUGGGAGAGGAGAGAAGGAACAUAUCAAUUACUGUACUCGGUCCACCAAAGGAAACACAAUUCAUAGUACAUCCAUCUGCAAUUGUACAGGAAGGGCAAACUGUGACAAUUACAUGCUUAACUCACAGUUCCUCACCUGCAAGAAUUACGCUGAGAAAGAAGAACAAAUCUGGAGUCAUAGAACUUGAGUCCGAGGAUGGCAAGUACGUUGUUAAUGAGGCUCACCUAGAGGAUGAUGGGAUUUAUGAAUGUGAAGCCAGCAAUGAAGUGGGAGAGGAGAUAAGGAACAUAUCAGUUACUGUACUCGGUCCACCAAAGGAAACACAAUUCAUAGUACAUCCUUCUGCGAUUGUACAAGAAGGGCAAACUGUGACAGUUACCUGUGUAUCCUACAGUUCUCCACCUGCAAGGAUUAUAUUGAGAAAGAAGAACAAAUCUGGAGUCACAGAACUUGAGUCUGAGGAUGGCAAAUACGUUAUUACUGAGGCUGACCUAGAGGAUGAUGGGAUAUAUGAAUGUGAAGCCAGAAAUGAAGUGGGAAAGCAAAGAAGGAAUAUCACAAUCACCGUGUUAGUUCCUCCAAAAAAUACAACAGUGUUAGUAUUUCCAUCAACAACAGUUUUCGAAGGAGCUAAUGUCACAAUUACUUGUAAAACUUCCUGCAAACCACCUCCAGUGAUUGUCUUCUGGAAAGAAGGAACUAAUAAUGAAGCUGUGCUGUCUUCAGAAAAUGGGUUUUUUACACUGUAUAACGUCUCAACACAUGACACCGGUGUUUACAAAGUGAAUGUCACAAAUGAUGUUGGAACUGUUACAGAAGGCAUUGAGCUCUCCGUCAUUGGCUCUCCUGAGAAAAAUAUUCAAGAUAUCCAUAAAACUAGCAUCGUACCUCAUCUGUUGCUGACAAUUUUAAUCACUAUUCCAAUCGUCAUCCUAGGAGUUCUGGCAGCACACUUUUUAAGGCAAAGCAGAGUAAAAGGAUCAUACAAUGUUAUCAGACGUUUGAUAGUGUAAUGCCAAAUGAAUCAAUUAUGGUACUGCCACUACAGGUUUAAGUAGUCCUGAUAAACUGGAUGCAUAGUAAGCCGUUGCAUUCUAAGGGAAAAAAAAACAAUCUGAGCUCAACUAAAACUCUACAAGGGACACCCAGUAAUAAUGACUACUUUUUAUCACUGUCAUUUUUAUAUAUAAAUUGUGUACGUCUUCUGUGUAAAUGUCUUAUCUAUGUCUGUGGUAUCUCUAGUUUUUCUAUGGUAUUUUGAAUGUAAACUGUACUUCUGUACGUUUAGAUUUCAUGCAGUAAGUUCUGGAAAUGAAUGCUUGCAUUUUACUGGCAUAUUUUGUGAGCCUCAACAGCUGAGUAGAAAAAGCACUUGCACUACUUUUGCAUGAGAAUAUCUCAUGGCUCUCAGUAUAACAGAGAGCUGCUAAUCUUGUCAUAAAAGUGAUGCUUAACAAUGCAUAUUAUUAACUGUUUUUUUAUGUAUUUAUUUGCUAUAAAGUUAAGGAUGACACAUCUUGUGCCAUGCAGUAGACCACAAGAGCAAGGGUAAAUGCAGUAGAUAUAUGUAUACACACACACACACAUAUAUAUAUAUAUAUAUAUAUAUAUAUA